AUGCAUCGGCAAGGAACAGGCAGCAGUGAGGGUGAAUGUUGCUGGGUGUUUCACCUCCUGGCCUGCAGUGGGAAGUUGGUGUCUCCAAAGUGGAAGAACUUCAAGGGCCUGAAGCUCCAGUGGAGAGACAAGAUCCGGCUCAAUAACGCCAUCUGGCGGGCGUGGUACAUGCAGUAUUUGGAGAAGCGCAAAAAUCCCGUAUGCCACUUCGUCACUCCACUAGACGGCUCUGUGGAAGUGGAUGAGCAUCGCCGGCCAGAGGCCAUCACCACAGAAGGGAAGUACUGGAAAAGCCGCAUUGAGAUCGUGAUCCGGGAAUAUCACAAGUGGAGAACCUACUUCAAGAAAAGGUUACAGCAGCACAAGGAUGAGGACCUCUCCAGCCUGGCCCAGGAAGAUGACAUGCUUUAUUGGCACAAACAUCGGGAUGGAUGGAAGACCCCAGUCCCAAUGGAAGAGGACCCACUGCUGGACACAGACAUGCUCAUGUCAGAAUUCAGCGACACACUUUUUUCCACACUCUCCUCACACCCACCGGUGGCCUGGCCCAACCCACGGGAAAUAGCACAUCUGGGAAAUGCAGACAUGAUUCAGCCGGGGCUGAUUCCUUUGCAGCCCAACCUGGACUUCAUGGACACUUUUGAACCUUUCCAAGAACUCUUCUCUUCCAGCCGCUCCAUUUUUGGCUCCAUGCUGUCUGCACCUGCCUCAACAUCUGCACCAGAUCCCAACAGCCCACCUGCUCAGGAGAGCAUCCUGCCCACCACCUCUCUCCCCACCGUGAGCCUCCCUGACAGUCUCAUCGCAUCCCCCGCAGCCACUGCCCUGGACUCCACAGAUAGGCCGGGCUGUGAACGCACUUCCCAGCCUGAGGAUCCCUUUAUCCAGCCCGCAGACUUUGGUCCCUCAGCGCCCCCACUGAGUGUCCCACAGCCUUUCCUCCCCGUGUUCACCAUGCCUGUGCUCUCGCCCAGCCCCACCCCAGUGCCGGCUCCUCCUGCUGUGCCACUAGUCCCUCCUGCCACCCCCCUGAACCCCUCAACCCCACCCACCUUCCUGCAGCCACAGAAGUUUUCUGGAGCCAACAAGUCCCCCGCUGUCAUUACCCACACGGCUUCCACCACUCUCACGCACGAUGCCUCUGCCACCACCUUCAGCCAGAGCCAGGGCCUUAUCAUCACCACUCGCCACCCCACCCCCUCAGCAUCCCCCUGUGGCCUGGCACUGUCUCCAGCCACCCAGCAGCCAGCUGUUGGGCCUCUGCAACCCCGUUUAACUUUUGUGCAUCCCAAACCUGUAUCCUUGGCUGGAGGGAGGCCCAAGCAGCCCCCCAAAAUAGUGCCUGCUCCCAAACCAGAGCCCGUGUCCUUGGUAUUGAAGAAUGCUUGCAUUGCCCAAGCUGCCUUCUCAGGACGGCCACAAGCAGUGAUCAUGACAGGCCCUCUGAAGAGAGAAGGGAUGUUGGCUUCAACCGUGUCCCAGUCCAAUGUGGUCAUCACGCCUGCUCCCAUCACCAGGGCUCCUGGAGUCACAGAGUUCCACAGCAGCAUCCUGGUGACAGACCUGGGCCACGUCACAAGCAGCCAGCCUGGCCCCAUCUCCCGGCUCUUCUCUGCAAGCUCAGUGCAAGACUCCCUAGUGAAGGGCGAGCAGGCCCCACUGCACGGGGGCAGUCCCCAGGGCGCUGUCGCGGGUUCUGGUCGGGAUGGCCCAAACACUGAGCAGGCCUCUCCGUGUGCUUCAGAACACAGCCCCAGUCCUCAGUCUCCCCAGAACAACUGCUCAGGGAAAUACUCUGCAGAUUCCAAAAAUGUGGUUGUGUUAAAGAACCGGCAGAUGAAGCACAUUUCAGCCGAGCAGAAGAGGCGCUUCAACAUCAAGAUGGGCUUUGAUACCCUAAACAGUUUGAUCUCUAAUAACUCCAAGCUGACUAGCCAUGCCAUCACGCUGCAGAAGACAGUGGAGUACAUCACCAAGCUGCAGCAGGAGCGCAGCCAGAUGCAGGAGGAGGCACGGCGACUGCGGGACGAGAUCGAGGAGCUCAACGCCACCAUCAUCUCCUGUCAGCAGCUGCUCCCUGCAACAGGAGUCCCCGUCACCCGGCGCCAGUUUGAUCACAUGACAGACAUGUUUGAUGAGUAUGUGAAGAGCCGGACCUUGCAGAAUUGGAAGUUCUGGAUUUUCAGUAUCAUCAUCAAGCCGCUAUUCGAGUCCUUCAAGGGGAUGGUGUCCACCAGCAGCCUGGAAGAACUGCACCGGACGGCACUGUCCUGGCUGGACCAGCGCUGCUCCUUGCCCAAACUCAGGCCAAUGGUGCUGAGCACCCUCCGGCAUCUGAGCACCACCACCUCCAUUCUGACAGACCCGUCCCAGCUGCCAGAGCAGGCCGCGGAGGCUGUCACCAGACGUGGCAAGAGAUCGGGGGAGUCUUAGUGCUUAGCCGGCACAUGCCGCACAAGAUGCCAGAAGACCCUUCCCUGCCUGUGGAGAGGAGGCUGCAUCCCACACCUCUCCUGACGCAGAGCCUCAGGGCCUCCCUCCAACUCUGCCAGCCCCCUGGGCCGCACGAAUGCCACGCUCAGGUCUGAGGCAGGUUCGGGUCCUGCCAACAGCAAUAGUCCAUCCUUGGGAGCUCCUUGCUGUCAACUCUCACUCAGCGACCUCAGUCACAACCUCCGCUGCCCUCAGGGCAGCCCAGACAGGGAAACACCACAGUUCAUUCCUGUCCUGCUGGUCUGCCAGGCCCACGGAAGUAGGUGGGCCCGAGGAGGCAACACCUGCUCCUGGAAUUAGAAAACGAACAGGUCCCUGCCCAGUCCCUGUCUGUUGCGUCCUGGCGGUCAUCUCUGGAUGAUUCCCUGCUGCUCUGGCCCGCCCUGGGGCGGCAGGAUACAUUUUCCUUCCUCCCCCAGACUCUGACCUGUAGACAGGCUUGGACAGCUGCUCAGGCUUUUGCAUGGCCAGCUGCCUGGGAAACCCCGGACUCGCGUGUGCAAAAGCAGAGGGUGUGAAUGCACGUGGACAGAAAGGAAAGCACAAACAAUGCAAAGCUGCUGCUCCAGCUCGGAGACCCUCCUGGGUGGCCUGUGACCUGUUCUGAUUUGGCUCCACUUGCUGUGGCGGGCAGCACCCCCAGCAUCGCUGAUGGCAAUGGUGGUGUGGACUUGGUCCAAGAUUUUGCCAGGCGUGAGCUCUCAGAGUGGCCUUUCCACCCUGUUUUCCACCGGCUUUCACACUCGGCCUCGGACACGCCAGCAGUGGCCCUUCGGGUGCAGCAUUCAAAAAGCCAGGUUCCAGGGUGCUUCCACCAACCUGGUCAUCUUGUCUGCAUUGUUCACCCGGGAGCCUCAAACUGGAAUGGUUCUCGGACCAAAGAGGUCACCACACCCAAAGGCUGUCCUGUCCUGUUUGGAGGAAGAAAUGGAAUGUCGACAGGUGGAAUUCCUGGUCAGCCUCAGCUGUCCAGACAUUGCCCAGAUCCAAUAGUAAAGAAUUGCACUGAGUUGAUAGGUGGGGGGGUCCCUAGGGCACCGGGCUGUUUCCGGGUAUGGGGAUUACAGCGAAGGGUCCAGAGGAAGGCAUGGCAGGAGGCUGGUCUGGGCCAGUCCUCACUGUGUCUGCAGGAGUAGCUGUGGGUGAAAGGCGCUCUAACACCCAGGAAGCCUAGCCCGGCCAAAGGCACCUUCUUGUUGAAAGAAUGUGUUUUUAUCGUCCUGCUGUGAAGUUCAGAGGGGCCCGCUGGCUCUCCUCCCACCAGAGAUGGAGCUGGACAGUGCUGGGCAGGCCAGGAGAGCUGGGUGGGCUUUGAGGAGGCCCAGGAGCCAUGUGAGGGGGACCACAGCUACCUCCUGAAGUUCUGAUCCACUAGGAGGCUCCCCCUGGUUCCUGGAGGACUGAGGAAGGUGCUCAGAGGGCGGCCAGCCCUGCCUCAGCCUGGGGUGGUGAGGCUGGAUGGGGGUUCUUCCCCAUGUUGCCGUCCACACCAGCACCACUACUGCAGGUCACGAACCUGUCACCUGCCCCCUGGUCUAUGCUUCCACCCCCUCGGCCUCCCCAGAACACGUGUUUACAGGCCUCUGGAUCCCUCUGCUGAGAGGCAAGCACAAGAUGAGGCUGGGCUGGUUCCUCAUUUGCAUGGGAUGUGGUAAGAGAACCAUCGUUACCCCCAGGUAAACAUGAAGCCCCCUUCAAAAGGGGAAGACCACCGUGGUAAGGGCUCCCCUAGGGCCAAGGGGAAAAGGAAAACACGAAACGUUCGCAGCUGUUAGGGCUCAUGGAGGGGCGUGAGCUCGGCCCCUCCACAGAUCUGUGCCUUCAUAAACCACGUGGGUGGCCGCAGUGCUUGGCCCAGCCUAGACCGCUCCUAAAUCUGUAGCUUUCUUCCCACCCCUUGCUGGGAGUCCUUUUUUUAAAACAAAUUCAGAUAUAAAAUGGGCCUCUUGCUUCGUUGGCCUACCUCUCUCCA